AGUGUUGUCGUGACGGCUGCGUGUCGUCACCGGGGGGGAGUGAGGGAGCAGAGCUAGUCAGUCACUCACCCACCACUCGGCAGGUUCUGUGCUGUGCAGUCUUGCGAUUUUCUUGCUGCUGCACUCACACGCUCUGCAGUUGAGUAAACCGCACACUAAACGCACGUAAAGAAUAUUCGCUGAAUGCGUGCAAAUUCGAAGUUUUCGCAAAAAAGGACUCUAAAAUAGUAGUCGCCAAGAACAAGACCAGCCUAAACUGCUACGGUCAGUAAAAUCUACCGUCCCCUCUUUUUAACCGGACUGGACUGGAGUAAACUGAAAUUCAGAACUCUGUGCUGCAGCAGAAAUACAAACAAACCACAGAAUAAAAUAAUAAUAAUAAUAAUAAUAAUAAUAUUAAUAAUAAAAACAUCGGCGGGAAUGGCUUCAUCUCCGUGCAGCAGCAAUAGCUUUGAUUCCGGGCUAGAGAUCAAAACUCGCUCGGUGGAACAGACCCUGAUCCCGCUGGUUUCCCAGAUUACCACCCUGAUUAACCACAAAGACAAGCCAAGGAAGUCAGAGAAGACCCUCCAAGCCAUCCAGAGGGUGGGCCAGGCUGUCAACAUGGCCGUCGGGAGGUUCGUCACCGUCGGGGAGGCCAUUGCAAUCGAGAACCAAGAACUGAAGGAGGAAAUGAGCUUUGCCUGCUACGAGGCCAGACGAGCAGGAGACACCAUUGCACACCUCACAGACGUGGUCACCUUGGAGCCGCCUGAAACUGAUGGCCGGGCGACAAUCUUCAGUGACAAAGCUGGCAUGGUGAAGGCUGCCAGGAUGCUCCUGUCCUCUGUUACGAAAGUUCUGGUGCUGGCUGACAGAAUAGUUAUUAAGCAGAUCAUCACUUCCAGAAAUAAGGUUUUGACAACUUUGGAGCAGCUGGAGAAGGUGAGCAGCUUUCAGGAGUUCGUGCAGAUCUUCAGUCAGUUUGGGAACGAGAUGGUGGAGUUCGCUCAUCUGACGGGAGACAGACAGAAUGAUCUGAAGGAUGAAAAGAAAAAAUCUCGCAUGGCAGCAGCCAGGGCGGUCCUAGAAAAAUGCACCAUGAUGCUUCUCACAGCUUCCAAGACGUGCCUGAGACACCCGGACUGUGACUCAGCAAGGAUCAAUAAGGAUGGAGUGUUCCAGCGAAUGAGGCUGGCCCUGGAGCAGGUGAUCGAGAUAGUGACUGAAGCCAGGCCAAAUGGAGAGGGGGACAUCCUGCCGGUCAGCAUCUACAUGGGAAUCCGAGAGUUCAAGAACCAGCUGGAAAGCCUGCGAGAGGGCCUGUGCCUGCUGUCCAAGGAGAACCUGACAGCCUUGCUGGAGGUGGUCCUGGAGCACACAGAGGACUUCACAGAUUCGGCCUACACCAGCCACGAGCACAGGGAGCGCAUCCUGGAACUGUCCCGGCAAGCCCGGCUGGAGCUCGAGCAGCUCAAUGCUGCCUGGAUGCAAACCCAAAAUCCUAAAGCCGCAGAAGCAACUGAAGAAAUGGAGCUGGCCAUUCUUAAAACAUGUCAGUGUAUGAAUGAACUCAAGAAAGAGCUCCACAAUGCAGCAGCAGAGCUGGCUGCGGACCUGUUGAAGUACCAUGCAGACCACAUUGUGCUGAAAGCCCUGAAGGUGUCGGGGGGGGAGGGCAGCCUAGAGGCGCUGGCUGAGUACACCUGCAAGCUGUCUGAGCAGAAGGAGCAGCUUGUGGAGACCUGCCGACUGCUACGACACAUUUCAGGAACUGAGCCCCUGGAGAUAACCUGCAUCCACGCAGAAGACACCUUCCAAGUGACUGGACCGCAGAUCAUUUCUGCUGCACAGACACUGGCCCUGCACCCUUCAAGCAAAAUCGCGAAAGAGAACCUGGAUGUUUUUUGCGAAGCUUGGGAGUCGCAGCUGAACGACAUGUCCAUUCUUUUGAGGGAAAUCAUUGAUCUGUUUGAAGGACGUCGAGGAGAGAAGAGAAACUACCUUUCACUACCUAGACCAGGGAAGCUCUCAGCAAAUCUGAAGAAUAUAAAACCAGUCAAACUUGACUCUGAGGAGCAGACAGCUAUAGCUAAAGUGGGUCUGGAGUUACGGCUGCUGACGUCCGACCUGGACUCUGAGAGUGAGAAGUGGGAGGACCAGGAGCACGAGAUUGUCCGGCAGGGGCAGGGAAUGUCCAGCAUGGCAUACUCCAUGUACCUUUUCACCAGAGGGGAGGGCCUCCUGAAGACAACCCAGGAUUUAUUUCACCAAGCAGAGGUGUUUGCUGAAGAGGGUUUCAAAUUAUAUUCUUCACUCCGGGCUUUCUCAACUCAGCUGGGAGAUGAUGAGAGAGCCAUCUUUACAGCAGAGACAGAGAAGCUGGUGGCCCUGUGUCAGAAACUGCAGAUAACCACUAGAAUGCCUGUGCAAGGCAAAAAUUCGACUUUCCUCAAGGUGGAUUCAUCUAUUCAAAAUAUCAAAAGUAUCUUGACAGUAGUUGUCUAUAUUCUCCCUCUUUGCAAUAAGCUAAUCAAAAAGUACAAGUGUGAGCAGAGCAGCUUGGGAUCCCCCCAGAGCUGGAGAGAGAUCCCGCUCCAGACCCCUGUUCAUGAAGACUGUCUCAGUGGAAAGAAUGGCAAUGGCUUUGGAGUGAAAUCUCUGGAGCACCACAUGGCAAACCUCACCUUCCUGGAGAGCAAGUAACAGCACACCUGCAUGGGACAGAAGGACCCUCUGAAAUCAUUAGCAAGAGUAUCCGACACCACCCCAGUCACAUGGAUAAACAGAUCACCUUGAACUGGCAGUGCUAUCCUUUUUAACCAGUAUUGCUGUGUGUUAUUUGUAAUGGGUCAGCGGUUCCCAAACUUCAUGCUUUUUGGUUCAAUUACUUAGUAUCUCAGAUAGUGACACAUACCUUAUAUUAUUUGUACAAAAUAGUGUUUGAAAUUUGAAUUUUUAAAGAGUAUUUGCAAAGUGCAGUGCAACUAAUUGUUAGUAACUGACUAUAAUGGAUAUUCUGUUGGGGAGAGGGAGCAUUUUAAAGGACUAAGGCUAAUAGCAACAUAUAUUGCCCCUUAUUUUGUUAUAAAUGAUCACCUUUGCUACAGUGAAUUACAGGAAGUUGGUAAUACAGGCCCAUAAAAAUAUACUCAAGUGCAGCCAUUUACAUUGUUGCUAAUAUACAGUACAUAUCUCGUGAAGGCCAGCAUUUUUUUUUUUUAAAUCUACACUUUACUACAAACUACUUUGCAGCUUGCUUUAACUUGUAUUACUCUAUACUGCUAGCUUUUUCUUCUUUGUUUAACAAAACAUAUAGUGUACUCACUGAGCUGGCUGAUUACAACAUUGUUAAUUCACUUCAGAUUCUAAAUCCAGUGGCGUCUAUAAUUUUAGAGACCGUACAAUAAAGAUCCUGGUGACGGCCCCACUGAAGAUCUUUGUUUGGGAACUGCUGCAAAACAUUGUAUGGUACUUGAAGUAAUCAUCACAUUGAAACCAGUGGAGUUUUAAAUGUUUUGGUACAAUCUACAAACUGCUGUUUUGCCCUUAAAAUUUUUAAUUAUCUGUAUGGAAUACCUGGGUGAAAGUCUUAACAAAACUACAGAUCCAAAGAAGCUGCUAUAGACUGGCUGUUAAGCACAGAAACUGGCGAUGUCAGAUAUGCUGUAUGUAGUGAACCACUGCUGUUUUAGAGUAGCAGGGUUCCUAGAAAUCUAGUGUUACACAUCCCCAUGUGCUGCUACAGCUGUUUAAAUAACAUACCUGGCAUUGUUCUUUUUGUUGUUAAUACACCGACACCUUUUUACAUUUUUAAAUUUGAAGUCUCUCUCCAAAGGUCUUUUCAAUAUGUCUGCUUUGUGCACAGGUUUGAGAUCAGAGGUGUGUGCUCUUUCUGAUCACUGCCGGUAGGCCUACAUUCCCCCCCCCACCACCACCUGUAUUUCUGGAGAGACACACCCCAAUGAGGCUGGGGCAUAUUUAUUUUUGUAUCAAUAUUGUAUGAAACUGAAGACGAUCUUGUAGAGACGUGACAGGUAUCUUCCUUUAAAGGGAUGUACUGCAUUGUAUUUCAUGUUCAUCCACAACUUUAAACACUCAAUAAGAGAGAUUUUGAAACCUCACGGGCUGGCUGGCCAAGCUUCAUUGGGACGUCUCUUCAGUAAUACAGUUAGGAAAUAAUUAUUCACCUCCCGUCAGUAUCAGAGAGUGGACACACCUCUGCUCUCAAACCCUAGCUAGUUCACAAAGCAGACAUCUUAAAUACCUUUGACAGAGUUUACAUUUAUAAUUGUAAAAACUUGUCAGGAUGUUAACAACAAAAAGAAAAGUCACAGGUACGUAAAUUAAAUAGUUGGAUCAACGCGUGGGGAUGUGUAUUUUUCAGAACCCUGCUACUUUCUUUAAGAUAAAGUAAAAAAAAAAAAAGAAAGACAA